UUUAUAAAGACGUCUGAGACAGGACAGCUGAGUUUCCCCAUCAGUUCUUCUUCCUGUAGUUUCAGUGGAUUGUUUUACUUUAAGUUAUUGUAAAUUUCCAAAUCGGAGUUGUCAGAAAAGCCGCUUUCUCCUCACUUGGUGUCAUCUGCAAACGCUAAUGGAUCUUCCGGACUUCCCCUUCCCUCUCUCCUCCUCCGUCGACCUCUAUGACCCCUGCUUUGCCACCAGUGACAUGAACUUUUUUGAGGACCUGGACACUCGGCUGUCGCACAGCAGCCUGCUGAAAACGGAGGACCAAGGUCACUGCCUCGUUCCAACGGCAGAGGGGGAGGAGGACCAGCACGUGAGGGCCCCUGGGGGCCCCCACCAGGCUGGACACUGCCUGCUCUGGGCCUGCAAGGCCUGCAAGAGGAAGACGACGCAUGCAGAUCGAAGGAAAGCUGCAACCAUGCGGGAGAGACGGCGGCUCAGCAAAGUCAACAACGCUUUUGAGACGCUGAAACGCUGCACAGUAUCCAACCCCAGCCAGCGCCUCCCCAAGGUGGAGAUCCUGCGCAACGCCAUCAGUUACAUCGAGUCCCUGCAGGCCCUGCUGAGGGACGAACAAGACGAAAGUUUCUGUCCUCCACUGGAUCAGUUCAGCAGCGAGUCCGACACCUCCAGUCCACGCUCCACAAGCUCCGACGGCACGGUGUGGGGCGGGCACCAUGUCGUGCUGAACACUUACACAACACCUAAGGGGGAGAUGGAUUUUAUCCAUUUGAGUUGUGCCAGGAUUGAAAACAAGCAGACGGCUGACAGUUGCAGCAGCAGCAGGAAGACAUCGCUCAUAUCCAGUUUGGACUGUUUGUCCAACAUUGUGGAGCGGAUCAGCUCAGAGCUGGCUGCAGGUCCGCCUUGCUGCUCCCCUGCUGCCCCGAGUUCACCUGCAGAUCCCAGCAGCAGCUGAAGCCUCAGGAAGAACCACUGCAAUGAAAGCAAACCCAUCUCUAUCCAGAACAAAAACUCAACUAAACUACUCCCCAACUUGUGGAGCCGAUGACGUCAUGUCAGUAGAUAAUGCUUCUAAAGUUCCAGUUAAGUUUAUUGAUAACAACAGAAAAGUUGAAUCCUUCAAGCAGAAAAAUAAGUUUUUAAAAAGAAAUUGACCGAGUUUUGCUGUUCAGAUGUCGAUCACAUCUAAAAACAAAUUGUGAGUGUUCUUAAAAUGUUUAAGAUUGAUUGUUUUUUAUGUUUACAAGUAUGUGAAGUUUUAAUAAACCCACAUUUAUACAUGUUUA